GCAGUCGGCGGUGGUGUGACCGUCCUUGUUUACGGCGGCUCGACAGCGCUCUUUGUGUUCAAAACAUGCUUCUGUUUUAAUGUAUUAACACGUCUCUGUGGUCACUAUUUUUAGACAUUUAAAACUGAGUAUUGGACUUUAGAACUCCGCUGUCACAGGCGCUCGUUUCCUUUGGGUAGGAAUAACAAGUCACGAUGAGUAAGCUGUGCAGACAGGUAUCGAUAGAGUCCCCCGGGCCGACGUUGAAGGAAUGUGUGUUCAGUUUCGACGUGCCCGUGCCGGAGGUGCCCAUGUACGGCGCGAGGAUCCGUGUGGUGUACGCAGGCGCCUGCUACCGCGCCAACAGGACCCGCUCCGCCUCCGUGUGCAGCACCUCUUCCAUCUCCUCCAUCGGCAGCCUCUCAGGCGAGAUGGAGGGCUUCGGCAUCCACACCUCCACCCCCGCGCACAUAGGCCUCCGCGACGGCGCCCUGUUCCCAGGCUACGAGGUCGCCGGAGUAGUCGACGCUAUCGGCAAGGCUGCCGAGUGCACGGACGGCAUCACCGUGGGCACCAGGAUAGUUCUGUACCCCUACGAGGGUGUGCCUCACGGCUACGCUGACUACAUCGUGGUCCCGGAUUUCAAGUGCCUAGUCCCGGUGCCUGACCAGUUGCCGUUGAGCGUGGCCGCGAUGUUGCCCACCGGCGCGCUGCUGGCGAUGAACACAGUGUUCACGGCUAUAGACUGCCUAAGCCGAGUACUGGAGGGUCCGGACCACAAGGACCAAGCGACGGUGCUGAUCGUGGGCACUGGCGGGCUUGCGCUAUGGGCGUUGCGCAUCGCGACGCACUACUUCAAGCUGGAAGGUCCCCUCCACGACCGCAUCCACAUCUCAGUCGCCACCCUCAAGGAUGAAGGCUUCGUGCUCGCCAAGGAAGGCGAAGAGGUGAAGGUGGUGCAGUGGAAUGAAGAUCUAUACGAGAAACAGUUGAUCGAGCGCACGACAGACGCGUGCGGCGGGCCCGUCGACCUGGUGAUGAACUUCGGUACCACCAGCCGCUCGCUGCACCGCUCCCUGCAGUGCCUCGCACAGGGAGGUGUGGUGCUGGUGACAGAAGACGUCGGCGAGAAGCUACUGCCCAAGUUCGCGAAGAAGGCGGACGAUAUGGGCGUCCACAUUGCCAUCGUGCCCAACGGCUCCAUCGAGCAGCUCAAGGAGCUGGUCGGCCUCGUGGCGCGCGGCGAGAUCGAGCCUCCGCCGCACUCGGUGUUCCCGGCUGAAGAGGCGCAGGAGGUGGUGCGCAAGUUGUGCAACUCGGAGAUACAAGGCCGAGCCAUACUAAAGUUCCACAACGUCGAUUAAACGCUCCUGUUAUGAUCUGAGUGCGUGUGAAAAGAUGGGGAGAGAUGCGAGGCACUGUCCGCCCCGCAGCUGAAGACAGCGCGAUGUAUUGUAUGUACGCUGCAAUGGUUCGCCUAAAUCAGAAAUCUUAUUAUGUUUACGUAGAUUUAAGUCUGAUGUGAUUCUAGUUAUUUAUUAACGGCUAUUCGUAUUCAAUUUAAAUAAGCGAAAUUAGGUCAAGAUUACAAGAAUCCAUUAAAACUGCAGAAUUAAAGUACAAUUGUACGUGACUAUUAAUAAAAUAAUGUUCUUAUGUGUAACUGAAAUAUUAUAUUUGAAUGUAGUCAGAAAACAAGAGGUUUGUUGGAUAGAAAUGUAAAAUUUUACAGAUAUAUAUGUACCUAAUCAAAUUAGGUAACAUUCGUAUGUCGGAAAAACUUAUAAAGUUAAUUUAUAAUUAAAAAAAUAUUUCUUCCUCAAUUCUAUACAGGGUGUUAGUGACAUCGUAACGAAUACUCAGGGAGAUGAUUCAGACCAUGAUUCUGAGUUAAUAUCAAGUGGAAUUUUACUCAAUCACCCCUCAAAGUUUUCGUUACGAUGUCACUAACACCCUGUAUUUUAAUGUGCAGUGCUUGUUCUAUAUAUAAGACUUGGCUAUUGCGAAAGAAUUAAAAAUAAAAAAACAUUUAUGUUGCAUCUGUAAAGUUGAGGGUAGAGACUAAGUACUAAAGGGAAGGAACGUUUCAUAAUUAAGAGGUAACAUCUCGCUUGCAUCCCCGAAGGUAGUAGGCAGAGGUUUAUAAUAUUAUACGCCCACACGUCAACUGAUGUGUAAUUGACGGCGACCUUAUAGACAUUCUUAUUUUUAUUAUUGUAUUGAAUAUUUGUAUAUUGUUUUGUUUUAAUAUAUGUUGUUAUAUUAAUAUUAUAUUGCAUUGAAACAUAUAUAUAAUCGUCAGUUUCCCUAAAACUCGACUUCUAUGAAUAAUUCAAGACUAAAAUUAGUCAAAUCGGUUCAGCCGUUCUCGAGUUUUAGCGAAACUAACGAACAGAAAUCCAUUUUUAUACAUAUACAGACAUGCAUUUUAGACACCGUGUAAAUGCAUUAUCUAUCUAUCUGCAAUCAUGCAAAAUGUGUAAAAUGUUGUUAAAUGUUGCAAAAUGCUAAUGCAUCGAUAGAUAUAUAGAUUUUACACGGAGAUUAUACAGAUAGAUACAUUUACGCGGAGUCUAAAAUGCUAUUAAAAGUAGAUAGCAGAAUUAAAUAUUAUCAUAGAAACUAAAAUAAUUAGGACAUGAUUAUGUUUUUACUCAAUCCGUGAGUACUUCUGUACACAACAAAACAAAUCGUAAGUCGUUUAGUGGAGCGGUGAAUCACUCUCGUGGCACACUGCGCCCGCGUGCUCGCUUUGCUUCCUCCUGCCGUAAAUAACUGAUAGUCCCAAGUAAACAGUAAAUACGCAUUCACGUAUGCCACAGAUAACUAGGGACAAGGGAACCCGCGACUUUAUGCCCCUUUAUGACCUCUGCAAAAGAUUAAAUUAUGGUUACCACAAAGGUUUUAAGGUGAUUCGUUUUCCAUACAAAAGUUGAUGCACUGCUACAG